GAUUCAAACAAAAGUUGUUAAACCAAGUCUUAAUGCAUAGAAGCCUAUUUUCCGAUUAUAUUCCAUUAAAAUUUGUGUAUAGAGUGGCCUUAAUUGAGAAAAUCAUAAAUUGAGUACCGAUUCCACAAAAUGGACAUCAAUGAAGUAAGCACCACAGAAGACCUAUGGACCCCAUACAAGGAGCUGGCGGCGGUGGUGGACAGUUACUUGAGCAGUGAUGGUGGCAGCGCGCCCUACGCCGUGCACACCUUCGAGGCGGUGCUCCGGCGGCAGGCGCAGGCAUUCCGGGCGCUGCCGCAUAACCCACCAAAGAACCCGACGAGUCGUGAGGAGAUCAAACGCGGCGUCACGGAAGGCGUGACGCUGCCCAGCCUCGGCAAGACCAUGCUCUCCAAGGAGCUGGUGGACGAGGCCAUCAUUCUAUCAGACAUGUUCAACGUGAACGAGUACCUCGCGCUCGAGCUGCUCCACACGGCGCAGAGACAGGGCCCGCGGCACCCGGGGCUGGCGCGGGGGCUGCUGGCCGUGCUGCUCUACUACGACGGCCGCCGCGCGCUGCUGCAGGCCCUCAAGGACACGCUCACCGCCCGGGACGGAGUCUGCUGGUCAAUAAAUGCGCGCGAGGACAUAGUGAAAUACGUGACCCGCUACGUAGACCAGCUGAUCCGCGAUGGACUGCUGGGCGGCGUGCUGGACUCGCUGCGCGGGUUCACGCUGGGCGGGCAGCUUGAACUCCUCCAGCAGCACAGGGCACUACCUCCCCGCGAGCACCACGCCAAGCUCGCGAGAUCAAUAGAGGGCACCAGAAAACUGCUCGCCGGAGUGGUGUUCGCCGCAUCGGCUCAGCGCGGGCUCGAGCGAGAGACGCUACUGCGACUGAUCAACGAGCAAACCACGUCGCCGUCGCAAGGCCCGACGGGCGCGCUGGACGAGGUCUCGCUCGCCCUGCAGAUGGCGCUGCUGUACGCCUUGGACCUGUCUGUCCUACACCGCCGCGAAGACGGCGAGGAGCUGGCCAAGAAGCUGCCCCUCAUCCAGGACCCGGAGCUGAUCGGCAUCCUCAUCGACGAGCUGCUGCCUAGCCGGCCACCGCCCAAGGAGCCCAAGUCCAAAGCAGGUCUGGGCGCCCUAGCGCUGUGCCAGCUGUCGCUGGGCCUGGCGCUGGCCGCGCUGCGCCGCGCGCCGCAGUCGCUCUCCCUGUCGCGCGACCAGUCGCACCGGGACGAGGAGCUAGUCGACGCCGCGACCGACAACAAGGUUUUCGAGUACUUGGACGAGGCGAUACUGUCCACGGACCUCGUGAUGAAGGAGGAGUACUACCAGCGCAGAAUACACGUUUUACUCACGGACUUCAUCGUGCUGAUGCACUCCAAACUGGUCGAGAUGAGAGUCAAGGCCGACGAAGCAGCCCGCGCCAUCCAAGUGUACGUGGCGGAGGGCCUGACGCCUCCGCCCGGCGCCGGUCAGAGCCGCACGCGACUGGACGCGCUCCUGCGCUGCGUGGAGCGCCUGUACGCGCGCGACCCGCUCGGGCUGCGCCACGAGUACUGGCAGGCCGAGCAGCACCCGCCCAGCAGGUCUGCAGCGGGCGGGCGUGCCACCAUCCUGUACAAGUUCGUCCGGCUGUCCGGCGAGCUGGUGUGCCCGGCGCUGCUGCCCGGCUACCUGCGAGCGCUGGCCUCGCUGGCCGUGCCGCGGCACACGUGGGCGCUGCUGUCGCGCCGCGACGCGCUCUCCGCCCACCACCUGCUCUCGGCCCUCAGGCGGUACCACUGCCACCUCCGCACGGACCUGGCGCCGUUCUCGGAGACCAUGCACGCGGCGUCGCUCGGCGGGUCGGCCGUCGUCACGCCCGCCGCCCGACCCGGCAAGAUGCUUGUGAGGCAGGAAGAGGUGGAAGCAAUGAUAGCAGCGCUGAAGUUGAUAGCGGCCGUAGCUCGGGAGGACGCCGCCGCGAGCGCCGCCAUCUGCGAGACGCUGCAGUGGGACGCCACCAACACCAUGUUCGGUCUGAUGUGCUGCCAGAUCCCCAUCCAGUUGAAAGCGGCCCUGUGCGACACGCUGAGCGCGCUGGGCAGCGCGGCCGGGCCCGCGGGCCGCGUGUGGGCGGCCCUGGAGGCCGCGCAGCUGGUCGGCGGCGGCCGCGGGCUGCAGGCGGACCUCAACGAGAUCGAGACCCGAAUGGAAGAAUACCCUCUAACCAUCGCGUUCCUCAAGCUCCUCAUAUCUCUGUGCUCGGCCGCGCCGCUGCCGCGCUCCCUGGGCGCGGGGACGCGAGUGCCCGGGCUGGAGCCCUACGUGGAGCACGUGACCCGCGUGGCACUGGCCGCCCCGCACAGGCCUUACAAGAAGCCCUCACAACGACACCAGAUCCUGUCCCUGUGCUACAACCUGUUCACCAUCUGGCUGGAGCAGUACUCGCCGUCCCCCUCCGACUUCCCCCCGCCGGAGCGCGAGCCGGCCAGCGCGCCGCCGCCGGGCUUCAGGGUGCUGGCGCAGCUGCACGAGCAGACGGACCUGCUGCGGCUCACGUUGGCCACCCUUGACGAGGUGCCCACCAUGGUGGAUCAGCAGGAGCAAUACCUAGAAGAAUGCAUCACUCACGUGUUGACGAUACUGGAGCGCGCGUUGUCCCUAGAGCGCGCUCUGGUGCGCAGCGCGAACGAGGCCGGCCGCUCUGUGCUCGUACUGGGGCUAUCCAAACUGAUUCUGGAACCGGGCCCAAAUGGAAGCGACCGGCUGACGCAGGUGUGCCUCGUGCUGGCGCACAGCUCCUCGCUGCCGGCGUGCGCGGCGCGCGCCGCCGCGCUGCUGGCCCGGGCGCUGCUCGAGCCCGCCGCCGCCAGGCACCUGCAGGAACACGCCAGCUACAGGGCGAGGGAGAUACGACAUUGGUUCGUGGAGUGCCUGGACGCGGACGAGUGGCCCGAGGCGUCGGGGGCGAGCGUGCGCCGCGCCAAGGAGCUGGUGGUGGGCAUCCUGCAGCACACGCUGCCCAGCGCCGCGCCCAACCUGGCGCACCUGCUACUAGGGUACCAGAACCACGAAGAUAUAUCGCGCAGCGCGCUACACGAGCCGGGAGUGGGCGGCAGCCCGCGGACCUGUCUCCACGCUGUGCUCGACAUAUUGGACGCCCACAUCGCCGGCCAGAACAGCCACGAAAGGCAAGCAGACGACCUGAUUGAGAGCUGCUACAGACUGGUGUACUGGGUGGUGGCGCGCGCCAACACGUCCGCGCCGGCGCUGCGGCUGCUGCGCGCGCGAGACCACUUCCUCUCGCGACACGUGCGCGCCACCACCAACCUACAGACGGCGUGCGUAGCAACCCUAUCCUCCCGUUCAUGGGUGCUCCGCGCGUGCGCGAGCGAGGUGGGGUGCGCGUGCUGCGCGCGCCAGCACGCCGCCAUCAGCGCGCUGCUCCGCGCGCUCGCCGCCACCAACCGCCCGCAGGAAUGGGAAGGCGAGGGCUGUUUACUACGGCGGUGUCUCAGCGCCCUCCCCGUGUCCGCCCCGCCACCCCCGGAGCCGCAGUGGGAACUGUUCAACCCCACCCUACUAGCCCAGGCUAUAGCCAGCUGUGACAUACCUGCAGGUCCAUCAUCGAAGCGCAUAUCGGUGUCGCGCGUGCACGCGCUGCUAGCGCGCGACCUCGCCGCGCUGCCCGUGUCGCAGCCGCAACGCGCGCUAGUGUCUGCCGAGAUACAGAAGGUCCUGGACUACGUGACGGAAGUGAACAAGCAGCGCAACCUGGCGGCCACGCUUACGCACUACUACGACUCCUGGCGGCAGCUCACCGAGAUCACCUUCUGCGUCGUGCCCCAGGACCUGCUCACCCUCGACGCCAAGAAGAACCUCCUCAUCAGCAUCCUACAAGACCUCCUCAACAAAAUACCUGACGCAGACCCACCUGUCAUACCACAACUGGGAGUCCUAGCCUCCGGAACUGUGCUGUUACUCCUAGUAAAUCUAAGGCACUGUUAUAUGUUGCAAAGGAAAGAGUCCAACAUGAAAUCCUCAGACUUCGACACAACGUUCUUCGGCUCGAGCCAGAUGCAGACCAAAUCUCUGCCCCUCAAGUUUAUCCUACACAAAAUCCUCUCCUGGAUCUUUGUGUCGGGCGACCAGUCUCAAAAACUCCGAGUUAACCUGUAUGGGGCGCUGCUGAAUUUCUUGAAUAUAGUAAACAUGAAACACCAAGACGACGAGGACAGCCAGGACACGACGUACGUGAGCCGGCUGGACGCUUCGCGAGUGCGGCACAGUAAGGAGGAGUCCUCGCUGAAGAGCCUGGUCAUUGACGACAUUAAAUAUUAUGGCGUCAAUCUGUACAGUAUUAUAGGCGCGGACUGCGUGCGAGCCGGGCACGACGCGUGUCGCAUGGUGGCGCUAGCGUGUAUAGACUCGCUCAUAGACAUAGACCCGCGGACGGACUGGAUCGACGCGCUCAGCAACCAGGGCCUGCUGCGCGCCCUCAUCGACAGCCUGCUGUCCAUGGACGAGGGGCUCCGCGAGGCGGUGGAGCCCAACCCGAAGUCCCUGCGCGUGAUCUACCUUUACGAGUCGAAGAUGGCGCUGCUGACCCGCGUGGCGGGCUCCGCGGCCGGCGCCGAGGCGCUGCUGGCGCACGGAGCCCUGCAGGCCCUCGCCGAGCUCACCGUGCUGCGCAGCCACCCCGACAUACACGCCCCCAGCGAACAACAGUUCGUGCCCGACCAGGCCGACAGAUAUCGUCAAAUCUUGAUCCCGGCCCUGGCGCUCUGCGACGCGUUGCUAACCACCCUGGGCAGCGAGAACGAGAGCUGUGUACAUCUGAUCAUGCAUCUCCUUUACACCAACGUGGAGUGCAUGGAUAUGGUUCUACGAGCCGCCCACCCCACCUCAGCCCCGGGCCUGCUGACCGAGGUGGAGUGGCUGACGUCGGUGCUGGCCCGCUGCUCCGCGUGCCCGGCCUUCGCCGCCGGCGACCUGGCGGCCGAGCGCGUCGCGCGCACGCGCCCGCUGCUCGCCGCGCUGCUGCCGAGGUUCCAGCGGGCGCCUACAGCACCAGACCUGGACCUCACCACUUACUACCGGAUCGUGUGCAACAUCCUGACGUUCACCCGUAACACCGUGGAGUCGUGGGUCCUGAACGGCGAAGCCCCCGGCCCUCUGCCACCGUACACAGCAGUCUUAACGCUACUCCAAGACUCCGUGUCGCACGCCCACCACAACAACAAGGCGCUCACCACCACCCUGCAUCGGUUGGACAUGCGGGCGUUGUUGCCCUCCGGGGACUGCGGGGACUCCGCCAUGGCGCGCGCGCGCUCGCUGCGGCGGCAGCUGCAGCAGUGUGCGCACGCCGCCUGCCUCGCGCUGCACCUGCUGUGGAGAAUGGCGCAGUGCUCCAAGCACCGAGCUGACGCUCCCGCCCUGAACGGCACGUGGCAGACCGCCCCCGGCAUAGUCCCGACAGAGCUGCGCAAGGAGCUGGCCGCCACCUUCAGCGAGCGGUUCACGCAGAGCCUACUCGACUGCGCGGAGACGCAGUCGACGCAGCGGUUCUUCCUGGACGUGAUCGUGAAAGACAUCAAGACCAUGAUGCAGUUCUAGCGAGCCUGUGAUCCAAACACGAGGUUUGGCUUCAAUACUUCUACACCAAACACUACACAAACACUUUGUACCCUUCGAGCAACGCCGGCUUCCAAUAUGUCGGAUGGGAGGAGACCAAGCGGUAACAUAGGUACCGUACAAAUCAUUCUGCCGUUUUUUGUGGGGGGAAACGUGCACACAGUCGCACUUCUCACUCACUACAUACAUAAUCCAAUCUGUAAUGACGACACAAAUACAUAGAAAAUGACACACGCCAAAGACAAAUCUUGCACACCUCGAUCUCUUUGUGUACGGACGAGUCACAACACGCACCGCCAUAGGUACAGUUUGUACCUAUGCUUCGGCAGAGGGGAAAUAGUACGAAUGCCGUCUCCCUUCCCGGUGUUGCUCGAAGAUUUUACCUAUAAUAACAAAUUAUUUUGUAGUAUAAACAUGUGCAAAAAGCGAAAAGUAAAAGGAAAAGUCUUUGGAAAUUUCAGGAUAAUUUCACAGGAAAUAAUGGGAACGUUCGCGUUUUGGAAAAUUGCGAUUCCUAUACAAAAAUAUGACUUAUAGUUGUGUGCGUGUGCUCAACUCUGGUGCCGUUGCCUAUAAUAGGUAUUCGAUUGAACAGUAUGAAAUUAUGAACUUUUCUUUGAAGAUCGGUAUUAUGAUUCGUUUUCUUAGCAUUAGAAAAAUACUGUUGUUCAUUUACAUUCUUUUUCGUUUCAUAAGUAAUAAUAAUUUAAAAAGUGGUAAUUUUUAAAGCGUUUUUCAAUAAAAAUAUGUGUCAAGAUCGUGAAGUCUUUUUUAAUGCUAAAUAAACGAAGUAUAAUAAAAUAAGUGUUGUAUAUUUAACUGAGUAACGAUUUACUUGUAAAUCAUUGUGCGUAUGAUAGCGGCCAUGUCAGUACUAUUGCUAUUUUAUUGACGUUAAAAUUGUAUCGAGAUGACAGCUCACACACGCAAUGUUAAAAAAAAAAUGAAAUGUUGGGUUGUCCAUUUAGUAAUAUUAUUUAGGAUAUUUAAUAACAUCUUUUGAUUGUAUACCGGUUGUUUCACUUUGCGCUAUGCGUAUAUAAUAAUAUUAAU